ACAGAGAGAGAGAGACGGCGGCGGCGGCGCCCAUCCCCCUCCCCUCCCUCAGAGACACACAGAGAGACAGAGAGAGAGACACAGACGGUGACACAGAGCUCCCCCCACCCUCCCUGUGCCGAUGGCGGGCACCGGGCCCGCUCCGAUGGCGGUGGCGGGGGCUCGGUGCCGUUUCCCGGGGCGGCCCUGUGACCGGAGGCGGUGGGCGGCGCGGAGGAGGCGCUGGGCGGCGGCUGGAGCCGGAGGAGAGGCCCCGGCUGCGGCCCAGGCCCCGGCCCCGGCCCAGGCCCCGGGCUCCUCCUGCCUCCGGCUCCAGGCCGGCCUCCGCAGGUUCCACCAGCUUUUCGGAGGAGGAGACAGUGAGGAGGAGGAGGAGGAGGCUGAAGAGUUCCCUGGCUUUGCAUCUGAUGACGACCUCCUCACCAGUCCACUGCGACUCGCCCUCCGCUCUCAGAAAAAUCGCCAAAACAAGGAGCAGCUCACCCGCAAGGACGCACAGAAUUUACCCCCCUCACUCCCUCCUGCCCCCCCGCUUCCUCCCCCACCCCCACCCCAGGUGACACAGGAUGCAGGCAAGUCCCAGCUCCCGCGGCAAGGCCAGGUGCCCACUGGCAGUGGCCAUUCUCCCCGCGGUCCUGGUAGACCGCCUCACCGCAAGGUGGCGUCUCAACCCCUGAGGUCAGGGGUGGGGGCGAGACCCAGGGCCCGAGACCUCGGCCUCUCGCUCCUGCUCAAGCUCCAGCCGCACCCCGGGAGGAGGAGAGGGUCCGGCAGAUCCCUGGCGCUGAAGUUGGCCCAGGCUGCGGGGAGGAGGAAGGUUCCCGGGGUGGUCUCCACCUGCAGGAGGAGCCUGCGCUUGCGGAGACCUGGGGGAGGGGGGCUGGGGCCGGUGGGGAGAGGGGCGGGCAGGAGGGGGCCCGGGCGGAGGGGGAGGCCGGCAGGUUCGGGGAGCGUCCGGCCCGGGCGCGGGAGACCACUGCUACCUACAGCGCAGGGGCGCUCGGCUGCCACUCCAGCACCAUCACCACCACCUCCUCCCCCUCCUGCUGCUGCUGCUGCUGCCCCUCCCUCGCCCCCUCCCUCUCCCUCUCCCCCUCCCCCUCCUCCAGCCCCAUUUCCCUCUGCUGCCCCUCCCCCUCCCCGCGCCGCCGCACCGCCCCUGCGCCAGGCCAAGUACCUGAAGAACAUCCGCCAGUUCAUCAUGCCAGUGGUGAGUGCCCGCUCCUCCCGGCUCAUCCGGACGCCCCGGCGGUUCAUCGACGAUGAGGGUGGGGCCCAGGCGGGUGGGGGCCCUCCCCAGGUCUCCCCCGCCCCCGAGCCCACCCCACCUCCCCCGGGCAGGGGUCCCGGGAGACCCCGGCGCUGCGCCACCCCCGCUCUGCGCUGCCCUCCUGCGGCUGACCCCGACCCUCGUGCCCCAGCCCCUCCCCCUGCUGGGCGCCGCGCCCUCCUGCGGCAGCCCACCUUCACCUGGGGCACCCCUCCCCACCGGGACGACCCCCCCACAGGGGGUUUCGGGGCUUCCCGCCCCUCCCCCUUCAGCCCUGGCCCCGCGCCCGCCUCCCCCUCCCCUGCACCCCAGCCCCCUGCGGAGGUGGCGUCCGCCCCCGAGCCCCGCCCCCCGGAGCAGCCAGCCCACUCCAUGAGGACCCGCAGCCGUCGCUCGGAGCCCCUUCCCCCUCCCCCUCUGCCCCCCGGACCCCUGCAGACUGAGCUCCGCCCCGUCUCCCCCCGGGGGUCACCACAGGAUGGGGGCGUGCAGGCUCCUGGCUCCCCUCCCCCACCCCGGCCGGCCGACAGUGACGGGACCCUCCCCGAGCCCCCCGCCCUCCGAGAGGAGGAGGAGGAGGGGCCGGGCGGUGUGUCGGAGGGAGCCGUGGCUGAGCGGUGCCGGGACAGUGAGACUCAGACGGAUGGAGGUCCCAAGGUGGAGAGCCCGGGAGGGGAGCGGGAGCAGGAGCAGGAGCAGGUCCCUGUGCCCCCUCCCGCGGAGCUCAGUAAGGUGACGGAGUUGGAGCUGACCCAGAACCUGGCCAAUCACUCCCUGUGUAUGUCAGCCAUGGACAAACGCAUGGUCAACCUUCUCAAGGCAGCCAAGGUGCAGCUCAUUAAAAUCGACCAACAGAAACACUGGAAGGCCCAGCAGCAGCUGACUUUGCAACCUGCCCGUGAUGUGAAGGUUCCUGUGAAAGAGGAGGUGCUGAUGAUGGACAAGUCUGACACUGACAGCGAGCAGGAGGAUGUGGAAGCCAUGAAACGCAAACUUGGCCCAGAUUCUCCACUGGCUCACGAGAAAAGACCCCGAGUCGAGAUCCCGACCACUCAGGGCCCACGGAUCAAGCAUGUGUGUCGGCGUGCCGCUGUGGCGUUGGGUAAGCCGCGGGCGAUGGUUCCUGUCGAUAUCCCGCGGCUCAGUGCCCUGCCAAUGCACGAGCGAGGGAGCAUCGUGACCACCCCGAUGGACGCCGAUACCUCCUCCUCAGAGCCGGAGAGCCCACUGCCGGUGAUCUCGGUGGUGAAGACGGAGCGGGAGGUGGAAGAGGUGCCGGAAGUGACCGCGCCUGCGCUGCCGCCUCCUGUGGAGGAGGAGGAGGAAGCCAAGCCGCCGCUUGCCAUGGGCCAGCCCAAACGCCGGGGGAACCGGUGUGGCAGCUGCAAGGGCUGCCGGAACCUGGCCGACUGUGGCAAGUGUGUCAACUGCCUGGACAAGCCUAAAUUCGGGGGCCGUAACACCAAGAAACAGUGCUGUGUGUGGCGCAAGUGUGAUAAAAUCGAGCGGAAACGGCAGGAACGCCUGGCUAACGUGCGGAAGAGGAGCCGGAUCACCCUCCUGCCUGCCAUUGACACUCGGCCGGUGAUGGGGAAGGAUGAUGAGGAGUGGCUCCCUGACACUCAGGGUUAUGCUGCCUAUGAGUACAUGCUGGAGGCAGCGGUGGAGGAGGUGCAGGUGAAGAAUGGGGACACCUCUCUGAACCCCGUCGAGGGGCUGGGAGCCGACACCCAGCUCCAGCGCAAGUCCAUUCGCCGCACGGCCCGCCAGUGGUCUUACUACGCCCUGUUUGAGGAGUCCGACCUCUCUGACUCGGAGAAUGAUCUCCAGUCUCUCAUGGGUGACCAGGGGCGACUGAAACCCCUGCAACUGAAAUGUCGCAAAAGCCGAGAGAAGGAGAAACCCGUCCUCCUGAGCAAACAGGAGCAGCUGGCACUGAGUCCCCUGAGCCCCUUCACCACCAACAACACUGGGCGCCAGAAAGGUCUGUCCGAUGGGGUCCACCGGAUACGGGUGGACUUCAAGGAGGACUGCAGCAUUGAAAACGUCUGGCUCAUGGGUGGUCUCAGCGUCCUCUCCUCUGUUCCUUUCUGCCCCCGGGUUCUUUGCCUGCUGUGUGCCAGCCAGGGGCACCACGAGAUGGUGUAUUGUCAGGUUUGCUGUGAGCCCUUCCACAGUUUCUGCCUGGACGAGAGGGAGCGACCGAACGCUGAGCAGAAGGAGACCUGGUGUUGCCGUCGCUGCAAGUUCUGUCACGUCUGUGGGCGCAAGAGUAAAUCUUCCAAGCACCUGCUGGACUGUAACAAAUGUCGGGCCACAUACCACUCUGCCUGCCUCGGGCCCAGCUACCCAAACAGGCCGAGCAAGAAACGACAAACCUGGGUCUGCCCGAAAUGUGUGCGCUGUAAAAGCUGUGGAGCGACCACCCCAGGCAGGAGCUGGGACGCGGAGUGGUCAUAUGACUUCACCCUGUGUAAUGACUGCGCGAACCUCUUUGAGAAAGGGAAUUACUGUCCCAUCUGUACGAAGUGCUACGAAGAUAAUGAUUACGAGAGUAAGAUGAUGCAGUGUUCAAAGUGCGACCACUGGGUCCAUGCCAAGUGCGAAGGGAUUUCCCCCGUGUUGACCCUACUGAGUUCUGAGAAGGGUCGCUGCACCCGCCAUGUGAACCCGUGGUUUUUCAGCACGGAUGCUGCUGGACCUGCUGAGCUUCUCCAGCACUCUCUGAUCCCCAGUCCUCUGGGUUUUCUCUGCUGGGUUCCCUCGCUGUUUGCCGGGGGGGACGGGAGGGUGAAGGAUUGGGACGGCUACCUGGGGUUUUCAGACGAGAUGUACGAGAUCCUGUCGAACUUGCCGGACAACAUCGUCUACACGUGCCUGCCCUGUAUGGAGGGGAAACCUGCCGAGUGGCAGGAGGUGGUCACCAGCGAGCUGCUCUCCGGCAUCAGGCAGGUGCUGACCGGCCUGGUGACCUCCAGGCUGACCGCACACACUCCUCACCCAAAAGGAG